AUGGGCCGAAAAGCAGAGGUGCAGCGCAUAGCGCUAGAGCGCCUGAUGGGUCCAGAGAUGAUGGGCUCGGCUGAAAAAGACGUGCAUUUCACGGAUCCCAAAGUAUGCCGCAACUUUCUGUGUGGCACGUGUCCGCACGACCUCUUUAGCAAUACGAAAAUGGACUUGGGACCUUGUCCACGCUCCCAUUUACCGAGAUACAAGGAGCUAUAUGAUGCUGCGCUGGAACGUGGCGAGGUCUUCCCUCAGAUCGUAUCUGAGUUCCAACGAAAUAUUCAUAUGUUUGUCACGGAUAUUGAUCGAAAAAUAGCAGCAAACAAGCGCCGCUUGGCCCAAACACCUGAAGAAAUGGAACGAUUCAAUGCUAUGAUGCGUGAUAUCAACGAGGUGGAAGAGGCCAUCAUAGCAGCAACCACAGAGAUGGAGUCGCUUGGUGAGCAAGGACGUGUGGAAGAGUCAUUAAAAGAAUUGGAAAAGGUUGAAGCAUUGAAAUCAGAACGUGCUGAAAAAGAAAAGGAGCUUCAGACGCUGCAAGAGAAUAGUGGUGCAAGUGGACAUCAGAAGCUGCGUGUGUGUGAUAUUUGUGGUGCCUAUUUGAGUAUCCUUGACUCGGAUCGACGAUUGGCUGACCAUUUCAGCGGCAAGAUGCAUAUGGGUUAUCAAAGGCUUCGUGAACUGAAUGCUGGGUUUGAUAAAGACCACUUGACUUCCUCGGCUGCUCCUAUAGACGACUCGCGCUGGGGAUCGACUUCGCGUGAACGGCGACGAAGCCGAUCGCCUCCAGCGGCCCGAUCAUAG